AUGGAUGAUUACGUCAGCGAGAUGGAUGACUAUAUGUUUCAAGAACGGAAGGGUGCAAAUAACUGGAAGGGCUUGCUUAAUCCAAUUCAUCCGCUUCUCAAAUCAGAGAUACUCAGAUAUGGUGAUUUUGCACAGCACAGCUAUGACACAUUUGAUAAUACUCGGUCUUCCCAAUACUAUGGGAAUUCUAAGCACUCCAAAAGCUCACUAGGACAGAGAUUGGGUUCUCUGAAAUGUGAGCGUGGUUAUCAAGUCACCAAAUAUAUAUACGCCAAUACUGGAACCCUAAAAUCCUAUUUCCGGGAGAAAUGGAGGGAGAGCAGUGCUUGGAUGGGAUUUAUUGCUGUUUGCACAAACCCAAAUGAGAUAAAAAGAUUGGGUAGGCGUGACAUAGUUGUUACAUGGAGAGGCAUGGAAACAUCCCAUGAAUGGAUACAAAAUGUCAAAGACGUAUUAGUUCCUGCUUCUUUAUUGUUUACUAGAGAAUCCAACGUCCAAUCGACUUUCAAACCUGAUGUUCGGAUUGAUGAAGGCUCUGGAAGAUCUAGGCUCAGCGCAAGAGAGAUUGUUGAGGCGGAAAUAAAAAGGUUAUUGAAUAAUUUCAGAGUUGAAGAUGUGACUAUAACAUUCACUGGACAGAGCUUGGGAGCUGCACUGGCAACCAUAAGUGCAUAUGACAUAAAACAGCUGGUGAUGAAUGGAAAUUACAUUAGGUCAAUACCUGUCACUAUCUUUCCCUUUGCCUCUACAUGCAUGGGAAACUUAUCAUUUGCCCAACACGUUGAAGAGAUUGGAGUCAAAGUGUUGCGGCUGGUAAAUAAAAAGGAUUUGGUUCCUAAAGUUCCUGGAGUUUUCGUGAAUGAGAAAAUGGGUUGGCUCCCCAGAAUUCUUCACUGGUUUCCAUGGACAUGUUCAUGUGGGAAUUGA